GUCCUUCCGGCGUACUCCGUGUCCGAAUUUGCUCACUCGUAGAGAAUAGUGAAUGUAGGCAUAGAAUCCUGACAGUACCCAGAGCAGAUCAGAAUUAUAGGGAGGCCAUGGAGGGCAAGGUCACACUGAUGAAAAGACGGAGGGAACAUGGCACCUAGUCAGAAAAGGGCUUUAGACUGAGCAGAGAAAACAGAGACCCUGUCCCAAAUGGCACACUUCAUGUGCACUUUCGGUCUUGAGGACUUACAAUGGCUGCUGCGUGCACGUGUCCAUUAAGUCCACGAGACCGUAGGUUGUCCCAUUUGUCAUUUUAGCUUUCAGAAGGGUGCUCCCGAGUGCCCCCUUUGCGGCCGCUAUGCGCCCUCAAUCCGCACUUCUACUGAGCCUGCGAGCUAUGCAGCCGACUUCGACCCAGCAGUCAAAGUGGCAUUACAUCACAAAAUUUGGGACAGGGCCAUUGUGGCAGGACCAGGUGGAGCAGAAAGGCCAGAUUGAUCUAGACAGGACAGGGCAGGACUGGACCAGAUGGGGUGAGACUAAGUAGGGAAUGGAACAGUUUGGCAGCAGCCGUUGAGAUGGCAGGCUGAAGGGACCCUGGAAAAACACUGUCAGACUCAACCACCCUUGGUUACUAUGACCAGGCCUUCUGACAGAAUUAGCAAAUUGCUGGUGGGUGACCUUCCUGUCCGGCUUGGCUGUGACAGGGAGAAUACAUAUGAAAUUAACUAAUCGCUUACUUUUUGUAUUGUGUGAAUUUGUUUUGACUGAUCUCACUUAGACUGCAUGUGGCUAACCUUAUCCCAGACAUGCUGACAGACACUUCUUGUUUAAAUGGUACGUUGCAGUAACGAAACUUCCCAAACAUAGCAUUUUCACGAAAUGAAACUUUUGGUAGCCCUCAAAUGUGAUCACACAGCAUUUCAUCCAAGUUUCACAAUAGUUGACUUGAUUUGGUCGUUAUUUAAGAGAAAAGUUGUGUUAGAACUCAUUCAGUUGUGAUUUGUGUUCCUGUCGCUGCUGUUUGCAUUAUUUCCAGCAAAAGAAGAAUCAUGUACCUUCUAUGGCCUCUACUGUUUCUUCACGUUUCAGCACAGCGUCUGACCCUGUUUGAUGACAGACUAAAGCAACGAAAACAGGAGGGCAGAGUGCGAUUGGUGGGGGAUCUGCCGUCAUCUGGUCGUGUGGAGGUCUACCAUGAUGGACAGUGGGGUACAGUUUGUGAUGACGGAUGGGAACUGGCUGAAGCGCAAGUGGUGUGUCGGCAGCUGGGUUUUCCUGGAGCAAUAUCAGUUACGACUGGUGGACGUUAUGGUGAAGGCUCUGGUCCAAUCUGGCUGGAUGACAUGAAUUGUAAAGGCUCGGAGAGCUCAUUGUCAGAUUGCAGCUUCAAAGGCUGGGGUGUUACUGACUGCUCACAUAAAGAGGAUGCAGGAGUGGUAUGCGAGACUGGUAAAAACACAACCAGCAAUCGUCGGUUCUCUGUGGAUAACAGUCUGGGUUUGUCUGAUGAUCUUGGUCUUCUGUUCGACAGAGGAGAUGGUUGUGAUUUCAGAAUUAAUGUACAAGACAUCAGUGAAGGGAGAGAACUGACAUUCUGUGUGCACAAAAUGAUCCUCAUGUUUUAUCCAGAAUUAAAAAUAACAAAUGACUCCAGAAACCUCACAGUGAAUGUCAGCCAGACCUGCCAUCCUCAUGUCUCUGCUUUUCUCAGGUAUUUGUACACACGUCAGAUUGAUGUUUCCAUCACGUCGGCUCAAUGUCUGCAUCAGCUGUCGUUCAUCUUUGGAGUGAAGAAGCUUAUGGAGGAUGUCGGCAGGGCCUUCACUUUACUCCUCCCUGAAGACAACACCUUCCGCACACAGGUAUCCAUGUACGAGUACGGCGUCCACACACGAGAUCUUGUUCUGCAGGAGAACGUCCUUCAGUAUCUUUCCUGGAACUGCGAGUUCCUCAUAAGCUCUCCAGUGUGGAGCACCAUCUCCUUUCACAUGAUGGACGCUCUGCUGCAGCGCUCAGACCUGAUUGUGAACGAUGAAGCUUUUCUUCUUGAAGCUCUGGAGAGAUGGAUCCAAGACAAAGGUGAUGAGAUUAGUUCAGAUCAACAGGCCAGUCUCCUGAAUCACAUCCGCUUCCUCUUGAUCCCAGUGGAUAAACUGUAUGAAAUGCAGUUUUCCUCAAGCGUUCUCCGUCAGAAUCAUGAGAAACUGUACCUAACUGGUCUGCUCCGAGGUUUUCAGUUCAAUGCUCUGCCCUUCUCUAAGAUCAGAAAACAAAUGGAUAACAUGAGUAGUGAGUAUCUACCCAGAAUCUACACUGAAGAUGAGUGGAGUGUAUUUAUCAAUGACACAACCAUCAAUUACCCAUACUAUCACUACAACUAUGGCCAAAAUAACAGAAUCCAAUCCUUCUCCACUCCAGCACACCCUAGUGCUCUUUACAGAGCACAAAAUGUCCAGUGGCAAGCCCAGGUGUUUCUUAGUGCUCAAGAGUGCUCUAACUAUGGUAUUUCAUGUUACUCUUUUCCUGUUGCAAGGUUUGUCGCAAGUGGUAAUCAGAACAUGUACGCUAGAACCAUUCGCUACAGCAACAGGUUGAUUCUCAGCUGUAAGAAUGAAGACAAUGUCUUUCAUGUCCAAGAUUUCAAAAACAGUAUGGCAGUGAUUCCAAACAACAGCAGUAUGGGUCUGCCGAACCCCUGUCCUGAUGACUACAGUUUCAGAUUUGUAGUACGUCCCCGGUUUAUCUGACCACACAGUUACAUUUGGCUUCAGCUAGUUUUCUGCAGGCAUUUCAGUAUAUUUAAAUCUAGUUUAAUCGAAUCUAUUAAAUUCAAUCAAGUUUUUCAUUCUGCAGUGAUUUCUCUCAAAUAUUUAGUUGAUUUUAAACUUUUCAUUUAAAUACUGUAGCAAUACAAAUGCUUCAUUUUGAAAGUGCACUUCAAAAAUAAAAAAAUAUUUCUUACAUUA